UUGUACAGGAAAACCUUCUGGAGAAAAUAUUAAAGGCUCAGGGAUCCAAAUUAAGAAGGGUCAGCUAUGUGAAUUUCAUGGCAGGUAGUGGGAUGGGCAAGAGUUCUAGGCCAAGGGAACAGCAGGGCAAAGGCUGGGGGUUGGUGAUGAGCUUGGCAUGCUCCUGUAGGUUCCCAUAUUGCUAGAACAGCAAGAGUGAGGGGAAGGAAGAGUGGUAAGGAGGUGAAACAGAGAGGCAACUGGGGCACAGGUGGUAAAGAGCCUUUGGUGUGUACUCUGAGGAAGAAAGAUGUUGCAGUAGUUCCAGCAGGCAGUGAUGGUGGCCCAGACUAGGGUGGUGGAAUUGGCAGAGAUGAGAAGAGAGUCAACAGAUCGCUUUGUGUAAUAGUGCUGUAAGAGAGCAGUUUGGGAAUUAAGAAAAACAGAGGAUGCCUGAUCUGUGAGUGACCCAGAUGAAGAAAGCAGAAAGGAUGUUCCAGACAGGGGGAUCAGCACACACAAAGGCCUGAAACCAGGAUGUGUUGAAGAUAACAGCCAACAAUUUGGUACUACCAGAGUGUAGAGAAAUGUGAGAGCUUCCUGCCACAUGAGUUCCGCUCUUUUGCUGUAGACCCCCAAAUCACCUCACUGGACGUAUUACAGCACAUCCUCAUCCGAGCCUUUGAUUUGAAUGGGCCCACUGCUGGAAGACUGGGACAUAAUCAGCCCCAAGGAUGUCAUUGGCUCUGAUGUGCUGCUGGCUGAGAAACGGUCAUCACUGACGACAGCCGCCCUGCCCUUUACACAGUCCAUCCUAUCUCAGGUGGGUCGAACCUUGUCUAAAGUCCAGCAGGUGCUGAGCUGGUCAUAUGGUGAAGAUGUGAAGCCCUUUAAGCCACCCCUGAGUGAUGCUGAAUUUCACACAUACCUGAAUCAUGAAGGCCAGCUCUCCCGACCUGAGGAGUUGCGCCUGCGAAUCUAUCAUGGGGGUGUAGAACCCUCUCUGCGAAAGGUGGUGUGGCGGUACCUGCUGAAUGUGUACCCAGAUGGGCUUACAGGCCGUGAACGAAUGGACUACAUGAAACGCAAGAGUCGCGAGUAUGAGCAGCUCAAGAGUGAGUGGGCCCAGCGAGCAAGCCCUGAGGACCUGGAGUUCAUCCGCAGCACUGUCCUCAAGGAUGUGCUGCGCACUGACCGGGCCCACCCCUACUAUGCAGGGCCUGAGGAUGGCCCACAUCUGCGGGCACUACAUGAUCUGCUCACCACCUAUGCUGUUACACACCCACAGGUGUCCUACUGCCAGGGCAUGAGUGACUUGGCUUCGCCCAUUCUUGCUGUCAUGGACCACGAGGGCCAUGCCUUUGUCUGCUUUUGUGGCAUCAUGAAGCGCCUGGCUGCCAACUUCCAUCCUGAUGGUCGCGCCAUGGCCACUAAGUUUGCCCACCUCAAGCUGCUUCUUCGACAUGCUGACCCUGACUUCUACCAGUACCUUCAAGAAGCAGGUGCUGAUGACCUCUUCUUCUGUUACCGAUGGCUACUGCUUGAGCUCAAGCGUGAGUUUGCCUUUGAUGAUGCCCUCCGCAUGCUCGAGGUCACUUGGAGUUCACUGCCUCCUGAUCCUCCUGAACAUGAAGUAGAGCUUGUUGGACCUCCCAGCCAAGUAGCAGACGUUGGCUUUGGUGGCCACCGGGGGCGGCCCAUGCGACAGAGGCACAUGCUGAGGCCUGCAGGUGGAGGUGGUAGUGCCUUCGAAGAUGCUGUUAAACACUUGACCACGUCCAGCCAGGGGCCUGGUAGUGGGGGGCGUCUCCUGAGACAAGCCAGCCUGGAUGGCCUCCAGCAACUCAGGGAUAAUAUGGGCCCCAGGAGGGACCCUUUGGUCCAACUACCCCACCCAGCUUCCCUCAUUAGCUCCAAGUCCCUCUCUGAGCCCUUGCUGAACUCCCCAGAUCCACUGCUUUCCUCCUUUUCCCGCCCUGACUCCCCAUCUUCCUCAUCUCCACCAUCUACCCAGGAGGCCUCUCCUGCUGGUGACAUGGGUAUAGGCUCCCCCUUGAUGCAGGAGGUAGGAUCCCCACGAGAUACUCGGAAGUCCUUGCCACCACCCCCAAUGGGCCUGCCCCCACCCCAGGAGUUUGGCCGGGGGAACCCAUUCAUGCUCUUUCUUUGCCUGGCCAUCCUGCUGGAGCACCGUGACCACAUCAUGCGCAAUGGGCUGGAUUACAAUGAGCUGGCCAUGCACUUUGACCGCCUAGUGCGAAAACACCACCUGGGGCGUGUCCUGCGCAGAGCCAAGGCUCUGUUUGCUGAUUACUUGCAGUCAGAGGUGUGGGACUCAGAGGAGGGGGCCGAGGCCACAGCCCCAUCUUGACUGAACUCCCUCCAACCCCCCAUCAGCCCCACCUUUGCCAUCAGGGCCCACAUGUGAGAUCCCACCUCCCUGCCUGCCAGCCCUAGACCUGUUGGAGCCAGGAACCAUCUCUCCCCAGGUUUGAGUGUGGAGGGCUCUGCUUUGGCACUUUUUCCUAUUUUUGUUGUGUUGUUUUUAAACAACAAUACUUUGAACACAUGAA